CUUCCGGCGCCAGGAGGAGCCUCGCGCUCUGCUGGUGCCGCCGCCGUCGCUGCCGUCAGUCGGGCUGACCUCGGUUCCUCAGCGCUCAGGUCCCUCGGCUCCAUCGUCGUUUCCAGACCCUGCUGGGGGCUCAGAUCUUGCCAAGGAAAAUGUCUGAUGAGUUUUCGUUGGCAGAUGCACUACCUGAACACUCCCCUGCCAAGACCUCUGUGAGCAAUACAAAGCCUGCCCAAGCACAAGGCUGGCCAGGUUCCAACCCUUGGAAUAACCCAAGCGCUCCACCUUCAGUGCCAUCUGGACUCCCGCCAAGUGCAGCCCCCUCUACCGUGCCUUUUGGACCAGCGCCAACGGGAAUGUACCCCUCCGUGCCUCCCACUGGACCGCCUCCAGGACCCCCCGCCCCCUUUCCUCCCUCUGGACCAUCGUGCCCCCCACCUGGUGGUCCUUACCCAGCCCCAGCUGUGCCAGGCCCUGGGCCCACAGGGCCAUAUCCUACACCAAAUAUGCCCUUUCCAGAGCUACCCAGACCAUAUGGUGCACCCACAGAUCCAGCCACAGCUGGCCCCUUAGGUCCAUGGGGAUCCAUGUCUUCUGGACCUUGGGCACCUGGGAUGGGAGGGCAGUAUCCUACCCCUAAUAUGCCAUACCCAUCUCCAGGGCCAUAUCCCGCUCCUCCUCCCCAAGCACCAGGGGCGGCACCCCCUGUUCCCUGGGGCACUGUUCCACCAGGAGCCUGGGGACCGCCAGCACCAUAUCCUGCCCCUGCAGGGUCGUAUCCUGCACCAGGACUCUAUCCUUCCCCCAGUAAUCCUUUCCAAGUGCCUUCAGGACCUGCUGGUGCUCCACCGAUGCCGGGUGGCCCCCAUUCGUACCAUUAAGUUAACAGUGGAUGAAGAGAUGACGCUUUGCUUUUUGAAGUACAUGUAUGUGCACAUGAAUGCAUAUAUGACAUUUGCUGGUUUCACUGUUAGAGGGCAUUCAUGAAAGAACAACUCUUGCACCUCUCAGAAGAUAUCUGCCUCCUGUACUUGGACGUGUAGUACAUCAGAUGAAUACAAUCAGAUAAAAAUGGGAAAGCAGAUCAUUCAGAUGUGAUUUUGUUUGGUUUUCAUGCAAAGUUAAAGUGACUAAGUGUGUUGAAUAGAUCUUGAAUACAAUUUGUUUGAAUUAUAAAGCUAUACACAUAAAAUAUCUCAGAUGAUGUGGAUUAUUGUUAGAAUCUGCAACUUCAUUGGCAAAUUUCAAGUAUUUUUCUAUAAUCACUUUUCCCCCUAAGUAAACUUUGGAAAACAAUCACAUUAUAAUGUAAACAAAUGAUGCCUCUCAACAUUUUGAGCUGCUCUAACUACAGGAUAAAUAAACUUAGUCCUCUUGAGGUUAUGUGUUAGAUAUACAUUAUAAGACUGUAAGUGAUUAUUGUCAAAUGUUGAGUUCAUAGCCAACCAGUAUUCAUUUUUAUCUUUGAGCUUGUAGCACAAAUUUGUGAUUUAUUUUAAGCCAUAUGGGCUGUAAAGCACUAAAAUCUGGUGUUUGUGAAAAUUAACUUUGUCCUUAAUCCAGGUCAACAUGUAUCUAGUUUUUUAAGGAAUCAAUGAUCUCUUUGUAUUACUUUCGAAUGGAUUAUGAUUCGUGAAUAUUGCUUUGGAAAGAGCUCAAGGACAGAAGUCGUUUUCUCCUUGUGUUGAACCUCAAAUUAGAUAAACCCUAGGAGUUGCUUCAUUGCAAAAAGUAAUUUUCAUUCCCACAAAAACUGAGGCAGCUUUUCUGUCCAGAUCGUUCGAUCUUUGUUCCUCCCUGGUCCCUCAGUUCUAUGCAAGGGACACAUCCCUUGAUUUCUCCCUGACAUGGAGAACUGGCACACUCUAGAUAAAGUCUGUCAUAAGAACAGAGCAGUUAUGUUUAGAGAAUCUGAAGUCAUACAGACAUGACUGUUGUCUUUGUACGGAUGUGCAUUGGAAGUGUAUCCGUCUCUCAGAGUCUGGCUAAGCUAUGGCAUUGUCUCCUGCAUAGUUCCCUGAAUCUGCUUGUGAAGUGCUUACGGCCAGUCGUUAAGUUCUGUAUUUGUUGACUGGUACAUAAGUGAAAUUGAGUGCCAUCUUUGAAAAACAAAAUCUAGCUCUAACACUGAAAGUAAUAAAUUGUAGAUCCCUGCAAGUGACUUUAAAGCAGUGUUACUGUGUUGCUUAAAUAUUAACUAUUUAAUAUUUAAAUAUCAUACAGCAUUGGUCACUUUUUGACACCUUACCUUUAAAUCAGAUUCUUAGUUUUUGGGUAGACCUGACCUUAUUAAAUAGUGUUUUGAAAUUUUGAAUGUAUCUAUUGGGUUUCUAAAGUGUAAUGUGAAUUUUUCAGACCAAUGUAGAAAAUAUUUAUGCUUGAAUUCUGCUUUUGCCUAGAAAUAAAGUAUUCUGCAGCUUAAUUCUUUUAUAAUUAAAAUGUCAAGAAUGCCAAAUGCUGCCAAUUUAAUGUUUUGAAAGCUACCUCCUUUUAAGAAGUCAAGGUGGUCACUUUUGAGAGGCACAUGCAUUGUUUAACCCUUCCUUAUUUUAAGUAGAUGGUAGAUCCAGGCUUUUAGAAUUGACAAAAAAAAUUAAUUUGUUCAGCAAUUUUCAGACUAGGGAAUGUCAGACAACUCUUACAAAGUGGCAAAAGUGAUCUUUGUUUCACUUCUUCGUAAGGACAAGUGAUAGCUAUCUACAGUACUCUUAGACUCUUGUCAAAGUACUUUCCAAUAGACAAGGCAGGUGGCCAUAUCGUAUCUUACAUCAUUAGUCAAUACCAAAAUGUUAACUCUUGAAGGAUAGAAUGCUAGGAAAAAAGUGAGAUAUCAGCAAAGAUUUCUUUAUUUGUAGUUAUUUUGGCUGUCCAUCAUUGGGAUAAGUUGAUAACUCUGUCUUCAUAUGCAUUAAUGUAAUACUAGAGAGGAUAUAUAAAGAAAAGGUGACAGGUGUGUGUCGGGGGGUCCAAUUGUGGAGUCCAUUUGUGGGGAGAAAACAUUUUGCUAAAGGAUUUGAAGGACUAUAAAUACAAGAUUUGAGAAUAAAUUUGCUAGUGACUCAUACUGCCCCGUGUGUCCUAGAUGUUAACUGCCAUUUGAAUGAACCCUUUGCUUUCAAAGACUUUAAAACUGGUAUUUGGUAGUUUUGUGUUUUCGUUUUGUUUUUAGAGUGGAAAUCAAAGGGAUGAUAGAAUUCACUUUGAUUCUCUUUUUAGUUUUGUGGGACACACACCAUUUCUUCAGUUAGCUGGGGUCUGGGAGUGGAAGCAGGGAAUUUCUCAAUUGUGGGUGCUGUGAGCCAAAAGUGUUUUUGGGUUCAGUGUGGAAUUGAGAGAAGCAGAAGUUUCAGUGGAUAAAUGAGGGGAAAGCAUCUAGGAAGAAUCCCCACCCCCACCCCUUUACAAGGUAAUUCCGAUGCUGAGAUCAGUUUAUGGAAGGAGCUGCUUGUUACUCUGGAAUAUGCUGACAUAGGGGCGUUAGAGUAAAGAUUUCUGUAAAAACCCAGUGGAGGUAGUUGAGAGGUAUUCAGAAAUAGUAUUUCUGAAUUGGAAUCUUGAGUUUUGAAAUACCGUUCCCCCCGAAAUGACAAUAAACAAUUAAAACACAGACUCAGGUCCUCACACACACCUAGUUCUCUAAAGUCAAACGCUCCCUCUAAAGGAGUGUGCCACGUAGUUUAGCUCUGUUCCUUGCUCAGCCACCACCCUUUUGUGCUUUUGAAGACACUAUUUACAGCUCUGUCUGCACAGCCCUGUUUUGUACAAAGUAAUAUAUGGAUUAUUUAGGAAUGAAUACAUUGCUUAGUUAUCCAAGGACCUUCUCUUUUUUUCCUUUUUACUAUUGAUUGUCUUCAGUAGGGAAGACUUUAAUAGGACUGAAAAAAGGGUGAUUUUUUUUUUUUGUUGUUCUCAGUCACACCACUCUAGUGGACUAUUGGAAUAUUUUCUAGAAAAGUCAACUUGUCAGUGAUAACCUCACACACAAAUAGUGCUACCUUUUGCAUUCAAAUUAUCUAGCCUUUGAAACUUAGUGUAGAUAGAAAUAGCUCUACCCAAAGCUGUGGAAAGACUGUGCCUGGUUGCAUCUCAAGCAGUUGCCUAUGCUUCUAAACAGUGCCAGUGUCUUCCUCGCCCUGAGUGACAUGAGCAAGCUUUGUUAGAUGCCAAGGUUGUACACUCUAGAAAUCAUUUAAGCUGGCCAAUUGAACUUCAGCACAGAACUUGCAAAGUUUUUCAAAAGCAUAAGCCUAAAAUGACAUGAAUCACACUGAUACACUGUACUAUGCAUAGAAAGGGGGGGUGGCUUUCAGGGAAGACUAAUUUAAUUAAUAAAGCAAUAUUUAUUGUUUAAGACACGCUGUUCUUUUUUGUUUUUAGAAUUCUACCAAGCAAAACAAAAACUGCCAAUAAACUAAUCAGUAUUAAAUGCUACGCAAGCUUCUGGCUGUAGAAAACAUCCAAGGACCACAUUCGUUCAGUAAUUACCUAAAUGUGAUCCAGGUGCUACACCAGAUGCCAGAAAUACAGAUGAAAGAGAAUCCUGUCCUUAAGAGGCUCGUAGUCUAGAAAUGACAUUACAGAAGUCAUCAGAACACCCAUUAUUAGUUUACCUAGAUAAACAUUUUAGAAUUGCUCCUGGAGGAAAUUACAGCCCAGCCUUCGGGCAUUUUAAAGGGCAAAGUGGGUAUACUUUUUUUUUUAACUGCAAAAUUAGUGUUUUUCAAGAUUGUAGUGUUGAUCAGUGCAGCUAUUCAAGUGUGCAAAGUAAUGGGAUGUUUUUCCUCUUCACUUUUCCCCUGAUAGAGGUACUUAGACUGCCUCCCACUGAUUAGCAGAUACUGGUUUGUUGCCAUUAAGUAAACUUGACCUUAUGUGUAUUCUAUAAAGGUUUUUGUAAUUUUUCUUGAAAUUGUGAUUUUUCAUUGACUUAACAAAUUUAAUGUAUGUAAUUGUCUAUGCAUUUUAAGUUAAAUUGCCUAAAAUGUGAUUUGAGACAUAUACAUUUGUAUUAUGAAGUGUAAGAAUCUGUUUGGAGAUGUUAGGUUUAUCACCUGCUGCUGUAUUUGUAAACAAAGACAAAUGUUGCUUUAAGAAAUAAUUAUAAUUAGGAAUAGGCUAUGGAUGUGAUACUUGAUAUUUUUUAAGAUAAACUUGUUUGCUUUUGUGUAUAAUACCUGAAAACUUUUUUAAAAAAAUGUAUUUUCAUGGUUUCACGA